CCUCAGCUGAAGCCCACAAAUAUCGAGAACCGAAACGAGUUCCGGUCGAAAAGACCGAGGCCUCCCCUGUGCCCUCUUUGGAUCUAGGGUUUGGGUUUCACAGCUUCGACAAGAAGGGGAGCCUAACGGGAAAAAAAGACCCAGAAAUGGCGGAUGAAGCAAAUAGAGCGGCUUUCAUGGAACUUCAAGGGCGCAUGAUAGAGAUUACCGGCAAAUUGAAGCAGGUGCAGAAUCAGAUGCGUGGUAAAGAGGGAGAAAAGAAACGGGCAUACCUAACACUUGAGGAACUUCGGCAAUUAUCGGAUAGUACGAAUACAUAUAAAUCAAUAGGAAAAGCGUUCAUUUUGGAGCCAAAGUCCACGUUGGUGAAUGAGCAGGAACAGAAAUUUAAGGACAGUGAAGCUGCUAUUGCUUCUUUGCAGACUUCGAAGGAGUACCUAGAGAAACAGAUGGGAGAGGUGGAAAAUAACCUGAGGGAAUUGCUGCAGCAGGAUCCAGGCAUUGCGCGCCAGAUUAUGUCGAUGUCUGUGAUGUAAUUCUAUUUCUUCUCUUGAAGGCAGUGGUCUGAGUUGUUGGUGUCAAUUUUCUUUCACAAAUCUCUAGUUGGCUGUAAUGAUUUGUUUUUGGGUUUGCAUCGACACUCGUGGACUCUUUUAUUUGGGGCAACUUCAAAAUUGUUUUGAUCCUUUUAACUCCUUUUUAUAAAUCAAUCUGAUCUGCACACAGAAAAGUUGGGUA